UCCUCCUCUUCCUCUUUGUUCAUUGUGUCUACAGGAGCAGCAGGAGUGCAGACUCAGCUCCUCCAUCAUGUCUGACAGGAGGAUGUCUCAGGAGGAGGACUGCGCCUCCUUGUUGUCCAAACUGGGCUCAGACUCCCCUCGGCCCAGGAUGAAGUAUGGAGGCAUGUUCUGUAACGUGGAGGGGGCCUUCGAGAACAAGACCCUCAACUUUGAGUCCUUCAGCCCACAGUCCCAACGAAGAGGAAACACCAGGAACCGGACCGAGGUAACAGGAGGACCGGGACCAGGACCAGGACCAGGACCAGGACCAGGACCAGGACCAGGAGGUCCAUCAGGACAGACCAUGGUGUUCCCCUCAUCCUUCAACAAGAAACAGGGCGACCGUCUGAUCAUCAAAGGAGGAAAAAUCGUUAAUGACGACCAGUCCUUCUACGCAGACGUAUACAUCGAGGAUGGAAUCAUCAAACAGAUCGGGGAGAACCUGGUGGUCCCGGCGGGGGUCCGGACCGUGGACGCCUACGGUCAGCUGGUCAUCCCUGGAGGGGUGGACUCCAACACCAGCCUGCAGGCCCCCCAGAGAGGACUGAGUCCAGCAGACGACUUCUACCAGGGGACCAGGGCCGCACUGGCAGGGGGGACCACCACUAUCAUCGACCACGUGCUGCCGGAGCCUGGCACUAGUUUACUGGUUGCCUUUGAGCAGUGGAGGGACGCGGCGGACCAGAGGGCGUGCUGCGACUACUCUCUGCACGUCGACAUCACGCGAUGGCACGAAGGACUGUACGAAGAAUUGGAGAGUCUGGUCAAGGACAAAGGUGUGAACUCGUUCCUGUUCUUCAUGUCCUACAAAGACAAAUACCAGAGUUCAGACUCUCAGCUCUAUGAGGCGUUCAGUGUCCUCCGGGAUCUCGGAGCUCUUGCCCAGGUCCACGCUGAGAAUGGUGACAUCAUCGAUGAGGAACAAAAGAAGCUUCUGUUUUUGGGCAUCACUGGACCUGAAGGACACGUUCUGUCCCACCCCGAGGAGGUGGAGACGGAGGCGGUGUACCGGGCCAUCACCAUCGCCAAACAGGCCAACUGUCCACUCUACGUUACCAAGGUGAUGAGUAAGCCUGCCGCUGAUGUCAUCGCCAAGGCCAGGAAGAAAGGUAUGGUCGUGUACGGGGAGCCAAUCACAGCCAGCCUGGCCACCGACGGCUCGCACUAUUGGUCCAAAGACUGGGCCCAAGCUGCUGCCUACGUCAUGAGCCCGCCCAUCAACCCGGACCCUUCAACGCCACAGUACCUGACCUCCCUGUUAGCAUGCGGUGACCUCCAGGUGACCGGCAGCGCUCAGGCCAGUUUCUCCACGGCUCAGAAAGCCGUCGGUAAAGACGACUUCACUCAGAUCCCAGAAGGAACCAAUGGCAUCGAGGAGAGGCUGUCUGUGGUCUGGGACCGGGCGGUGUCCACAGGAAAGAUGGAUGAGAACGAGUUUGUCGCCGUAACGAGCACCAACGCCGCUAAACUCUUCAAUAUUUACCCACGAAAAGGUCGCAUCGCCGUAGGGUCCGACGCCGACAUCGUCAUCUGGAACCCGAAGGAAACCAAAACCGUUUCCGCAAAGACUCACAACCUGACGGUGGAGGUGAACAUCCUGGAGGGGAUGGAGUUCCGCGGCGUGGCGUCGGUCGUGGUCAGCGGCGGCCGAGUCGUUCUGGAGGACGGAAAACUGAACGUAACAGAGGGAUCCGGACGAUUCAUUCCCAGGAAGGCGUUCUCCGACACCGUUUACAAGAGGAUCAGGGCCCGAAGCAAGAUGGCCGAGGCUCACGGCGUCCCCCGCGGAAACUACGAUGGUCCGGUCCACGAUGUCAUCAGUAUGACUAAAUCUGUCCCGCCCACUCCGACCACCAGGGGGCCCACCUGUCCGAAAACCAUCACCGGACCGCGAAACCUCCACCAAUCAGGAUUCACCCUGGCAGGGGCUCAGAUUGACGACCACAUACCCCGACGCUCCGCCCAGAAGAUCGUGGCGCCACCCGGUGGACGAUCCAACAUCACAUCUUUGUCUUAAAACAAGUUCAAAAAGGUUUGAGGAUGUUCGACAGAAUGACCCCGAGUCCCACUCUACAGAUAACACUGGCACCUACAACCGUAAAACCAACCCGUCAACAGUUCCCGCUACACAGAACACGCAUCAACUCCUUCAACUCCUGCACCUGGAACAGUAUUACACUACAACCUUUAGUUACCAUAAAGCCACGCUAAUUCUACUGUUCAACCCUACAAUUGUAUUUGUACCGAUAUGAAACCCUACAGCAGUAAACCCAUCAACAGUAUUAAUACAAGUUUGACGUAUUUUAUUCCUACACACUUUAGACUAAGGUUGAAAUCUUGUUCUAAAAUUGAAAGUAUCAGUAUUCUCUACUUCGUGCUUUGUUCAACAGAUAAAGAAGAUAAACUCCGUUUCUUAGUCGUACAAACAUGUUGUAAUAGUAUGGUCAUGACAUAUUCCAGUAUAACAUUAGAUCCAUUUUUUUCUGUCAUCAGUUCAUCGGUGUGAGGUAGAGUCAUGUGUUCAAGCUGCGUAGUGAUCGCAUUAGUCCGUGCUUCUUCAUGGUUGAAACCCAUCACAGCAUCUUCUACUUAGUUCAGUCGAUAACAAGCAUCUUCAACGAGUAUCAUCCCGUUACAUCCAUCAGACGGUGCUAUAGAUCCAGUAUUAGCCUCACAGUAGCAAUGUCAACCACCUCCACCCCAUCCCCGCCCCUACAGGAGAUGAAAUAAACUCCACCCCCUCAUAAUAAACGACAAACACCACAUCACCAGUGAAACAUCGACCUCUGAGGGGAUUUUUACCUGUUUGAUUUGUAAGGACUUCAUUUGAUACCAUGAUCAUUUUGUAUUUUUUUUACAAGUUUUGUAUCCUAGCAGUAUUAGCAUCAGUGAUCGUAGUACAGACUCAGUUCAGUCACCACGGCGACCAAGGCAGCCAUGUCUGAUGUUCCUCUAGUACCAUAAAGCUGAGAUCAUUUUAAGUCUGUCUUUAAAGACUUUUGAUCCAUCAUGGCAUCUUUAAUAAACUGAAGACUUUCCAUCCAACGUGAGGUCUUCAAUAAACUACGUAGACCUCGGUUGGACCAGAUGUGUUUAACAAGCUUUUAGAACGACCACAUCUUCAAUAAAGUAUGUCAACAUUUGACCCCAAAGGGGGUCUUCAGCAGCAUCUGUAGACCUCUGACCUGACACGUCCUCGAUAAAUUCUAUAGACUUCCAAUCCAACAUAGUGUACCUGCUGAACGCCUUAGACCUCAGAGUCAACCUGGCAUCUUUGAUAAACUCAACAGACCUUUCAGUAAUGUCUGUAGAACCUCUGAUCUGACAGGUGUAGACCUUCAAACUAAACUAGAAACUUCGUAGACCUUUAAUCCGACACCAUGUCUUUGGCCCAACAUGGAAUCUUUAAACUCCGUAGAUGUCCAAACCAACCUGGUAUCUCUGAUCAAAUCCAUAGACCUCUGAUCUCCCGGGUCUUUAAUAAACAUUGUAGACCUUUAAUUUGACACCAUGUUUUUGGUAAAUUCUGUCUUUGGCCCAACAUGGAGUCUUUAAUCAACUCUGUGUCCUUUGAUCCACAAUGGUCUCUUCAAUAAACUCUGUAGAACCUCUGAUCUGACAGGUGUAGACCUUCAAACUAAACUAGAAACUUUGUAGACCUAUAAUCUAACAUCAUGUCUUUGGAGACCUCUGACCUGAUGCCAUGUCUUUAAUAAACUCCGUAGACGUCCAAUCCAACCUGGUAUCUCUGAUCAAAUCCAUAGACCACUAAUCUGCCAGGUCUUUAAUAAACUUCGUAGACCUUUAAUCUACACCACAUCUUUGGUCCAACAUGGUGUCUCUAAUAAACUCUGUGCCCCUUUGAUCCACAAUGACAUCUUCAGUAACGUCUAUGGACCUCUUAUCUGACAGGUCUUUAAUAAUCUCCGUAGAACUUUGACCGAAUAUGGGGCCUUUAAUGAGUUCUGCAGACCUCUGAUUCAUUGUGACGUCUUUAAUCAACUCUGUAGAAAUCCAAUUGGACAUGCCUUCUUCGAUAAACUCUGUGGACCUCUGAUCCAAACCGGCAUGUUCGCUGACAUCCGUAGACCACUGAUCUGACAAGACGUCCUUAAUAUAAUAAACUCUGUAGAUCUUUGACCUGAGAUGGUGUCGUUAAUAAAUGUUAAUAAAUUCCUCUGAUUGAUCAUGGAGUCCUUGUUCAACUCCGUAGAUUUAAGCUCUGAUGCGAUGUCUCGGAUGACCUCCGUAGACCUCUGAUCCAACAUGGCGGCCGAGGCGCUGCUGGUCGAUAGUUUUUCAGAGUCGUUUUGUGGCAGUUGCUGUUGUCUCUCUGUCCUUAAAUGUACUUCCUGUUGUGAUGAGAGUUGCAUGAAUAAAAUGAAGAGAAGCA